GCAGACGGCGCCCAGAUUCUGCUGGGGCCUAGGUACCUUGGAUUCUCCUGCUGGUUCCAAAAAAUAAGGGGGAAUCGGCUGCAUGAAGGCUCGGUAGUCACUGGGGAAACCAACCUCCUCCCUCUUCUCUCCUCCACACACAAAGGUCCUGCAUGUCUAACAUUUAGACAUGUUCAGCUUUGUGGCUUCAAGGACUGUAGUGCUGCUCGCAGCCACCCAGGUCAUUUUACUAGCCGUUGUCAGAUGUCAGGAUGAGGAUAUCCAGGAGGCAGGCAGCUGUGUGCAGGAUGGGCAAAGGUAUAGUGAUAAGGAUGUGUGGAAACCCGAGUCCUGCCGGAUCUGUGUCUGUGACACUGGGACUAUCCUCUGCGACGAGAUAAUCUGCGAAGAAAUGAGAGACUGUCCCAGGCCCGAGAUCCCCUUCGGAGAAUGCUGCCCUAUCUGCCCAACUCACCAACCUGCUGUCAGCGGGCAACCUGGCCCCAAGGGACAAAAAGGGGAACCCGGUGAUAUUAAAGAUGUCGUAGGACCAAGAGGACCACCUGGACCACAGGGACCUGCAGGGGAACAAGGACCACGGGGCGACCGUGGGGAUAAAGGAGAAAAAGGUGCUCCUGGCCCUCGGGGUAGAGAUGGCGAACCUGGUACCCCUGGAAACCCCGGACCCCCGGGUCCCCCAGGGCCCCCUGGGCUUGGUGGAAACUUUGCUGCUCAGAUGGCGGGAGGAUUCGAUGAGAAGGCUGGUGGCGCUCAGUUGGGUGUGAUGCAGGGACCUAUGGGACCUAUGGGACCGCGAGGACCUCCAGGACCAGCGGGAACUCCUGGCCCUCAAGGAUUUCAAGGCAACCCUGGAGAGCCUGGGGAACCUGGAGCUUCUGGUCCAAUGGGUCCCCGAGGGCCUGCCGGACCACCUGGAAAACCCGGUGAUGACGGCGAAGCAGGCAAACCCGGCAAAUCUGGUGAACGCGGAACCCCUGGCCCUCAGGGUGCGCGAGGCUUCCCAGGAACCCCAGGUCUCCCAGGAGUCAAAGGUCACAGAGGUUACCCUGGGUUAGACGGCGCCAAAGGAGAAGCAGGAGCUGCAGGUGCUAAGGGCGAAGCUGGAUCACCGGGUGAGAAUGGUUCUCCUGGUCCCAUGGGGCCCCGUGGUCUCCCAGGCGAAAGAGGACGUCCUGGCCCAUCCGGUGCUGCUGGUGCUCGUGGCAACGACGGUCUCCCUGGCCCCGCUGGCCCCCCUGGACCUGUCGGCCCCUCCGGAGCUCCUGGAUUCCCUGGCGGCCCAGGCUCUAAGGGGGAAGCUGGCCCCACUGGUGCUCGAGGCCCUGAGGGUGCCCAAGGCCCCAGAGGUGAAUCUGGCACUCCCGGCUCCCCCGGACCUUCAGGGGCACCCGGUAACCCUGGAACUGAUGGCAUCCCUGGCGCUAAAGGAUCAGCUGGCGCUCCUGGAAUUGCUGGUGCCCCCGGCUUCCCUGGGCCACGUGGGCCUCCCGGGCCUCAAGGUGCAACGGGGCCUCUAGGUCCCAAAGGUCAGACGGGAGACCCUGGCAUUGCAGGCUUCAAAGGCGAACAAGGUCCCAAAGGUGAAACUGGCCCCGCAGGGCCACAGGGAGCACCCGGCCCAGCUGGCGAAGAAGGCAAGAGAGGUGGCCGUGGUGAGCCCGGUGCUGCUGGGCCUGUCGGACCCCCUGGAGAGAGAGGCUCUCCUGGAAACCGUGGCUUCCCAGGUCAGGAUGGUCUCGCUGGGCCCAAGGGUGCCCCUGGUGAGCGUGGUCCCGCUGGCCUUGGGGGGCCUAAAGGAGCCACUGGUGAUCCUGGACGUCCUGGAGAACCUGGCCUGCCUGGCGCUAGGGGUCUCACUGGGCGCCCUGGUGAUGCUGGUCCUCAAGGCAAAGUUGGUCCGAGUGGUGCCCCUGGUGAGGAUGGUCGCCCGGGCCCACCGGGUCCACAAGGUGCUCGUGGGCAGCCUGGUGUCAUGGGUUUCCCAGGGCCAAAAGGUGCUAAUGGCGAGCCUGGUAAAGCUGGAGAGAAGGGAUUGCCUGGCGCGCCUGGUCUGAGAGGUCUUCCUGGCAAAGAUGGUGAGACAGGAGCUUCUGGUCCCCCUGGACCUGCUGGGCCUGCUGGCGAGAGGGGUGAACAGGGCUCGCCUGGUCCUUCUGGCUUCCAGGGACUCCCCGGCCCCCCAGGUCCUCCAGGCGAAGGUGGCAAGCCAGGAGAUCAGGGCGUCCCCGGCGAAGCUGGCACCCCAGGCCUCGUGGGUCCCCGAGGUGAACGUGGCUUCCCGGGUGAACGUGGCUCUCCAGGUUCACAAGGUCUGCAGGGCCCUCGAGGGCUCCCUGGAACUCCUGGUACUGAUGGACCCAAGGGUGCGACUGGUCCAUCCGGCCCUACUGGUGCCCAAGGUCCCCCUGGUCUGCAAGGGAUGCCCGGUGAGAGGGGAGCAGCUGGUAUUUCCGGCCCAAAGGGAGACAGGGGUGAUGUUGGUGAGAAAGGCCCAGAAGGAGCUCCCGGCAAGGACGGCGGAAGGGGUUUGACAGGUCCGAUCGGUCCCCCUGGCCCUGCUGGCCCCAACGGCGAGAAGGGUGAAUUGGGUCCCCCAGGCCCAUCUGGUGCUGCCGGCGCCCGCGGUGCCCCGGGUGAUCGUGGUGAGCCUGGAGCCCCUGGCCCUGCUGGAUUUGCUGGACCUCCCGGUGCUGACGGCCAACCCGGAGCCAAAGGUGAACAAGGAGAAUCUGGCCAGAAGGGAGACGCUGGGGCCCCGGGUCCACAGGGUUCUUCUGGUGCUCCUGGCCCACAGGGUCCCACUGGUGUGACUGGUCCUAAGGGAGCUCGAGGUGCACAGGGACCCCCUGGAGCCACUGGAUUCCCCGGCGCUGCAGGACGUGUCGGCCCUCCCGGCCCUAACGGUAACCCAGGCCCACCUGGCCCACCAGGUGCUUCUGGCAAAGAUGGUCCCAAGGGCGCUCGUGGUGAUGGGGGCCCACCAGGCCGUGCUGGUGACCCUGGUCUCCAAGGACCUGCCGGUCCCCCUGGUGAGAAGGGAGAGUCCGGGGAAGAUGGUCCAGCUGGUGCCGAUGGGCCACCUGGUCCUCAAGGUUUGGCAGGCCAGCGAGGUAUUGUCGGUCUUCCUGGCCAGCGUGGUGAGAGAGGUUUCCCGGGGCUGCCGGGUCCCUCCGGUGAGCCUGGCAAACAAGGAGCCCCUGGAGGUGCCGGCGACCGAGGGCCACCUGGUCCUGUGGGUCCCCCAGGUCUGACAGGUCCCGCUGGUGAACCUGGGCGCGAGGGCACCCCUGGAUCUGAUGGCCCCCCUGGCAGAGAUGGGGCAGCUGGAGUGAAGGGUGAUCGAGGUGAGACUGGUGCUGUUGGUUCUCCUGGUGCUCCUGGCGCUCCUGGCUCCCCGGGUCCUGUUGGUCCAACUGGCAAACAAGGAGACAGAGGAGACUCUGGCCCUCAAGGCCCCAUGGGACCCUCCGGCCCCGCAGGCGCACGCGGCAUGCCGGGUCCUCAAGGUCCUCGCGGUGACAAGGGUGAAGCUGGAGAGGCUGGUGAGAGAGGUCUCAAGGGUCACCGAGGAUUCACUGGUCUGCAGGGUCUUCCUGGACCUCCCGGUCAAUCUGGAGAUCAAGGUGCUACUGGUCCUUCUGGUCCUUCUGGUCCCAGGGGUCCCCCAGGCCCUGUUGGUCCCUCUGGCAAAGAUGGUUCAAAUGGCAUGCCUGGUCCGAUCGGUCCUCCAGGUCCUCGCGGUCGUAGUGGCGAAACCGGACCUGCUGGUCCCCCUGGAAACCCUGGACCCCCUGGACCUCCCGGCCCCCCAGGCCCCGGCAUUGACAUGUCGGCCUUCGCCGGUUUGGGCCAGGUUGAGAAAGGCCCUGACCCUAUGCGCUACAUGCGAGCUGACCAGGCCUCUAGCGACCUGCGCCAGCAUGAUGUCGAGGUCGACGCCACUCUGAAAUCCCUCAACAACCAGAUCGAAAGCAUCCGCAGCCCUGAGGGCUCCAAGAAGAACCCAGCCCGGACCUGCCGUGAUCUUAAACUCUGCCACCCCGAGUGGAAGAGUGGUGACUACUGGAUUGACCCUAACCAGGGCUGUACCUUGGAUGCCAUUAAGGUUUUCUGUAACAUGGAGACUGGCGAGACAUGUGUCUAUCCCAACCCCUCCAGCAUUCCCAAGAAGAACUGGUGGACCAGCAAGACCAAGGAGAAGAAGCAUAUCUGGUUUGGAGAGACCAUCAAUGGUGGAUUCCACUUUAGCUAUGGAGAUGACAACCUGGCCCCUAACACUGCCAACAUCCAGAUGACCUUCCUGCGCCUCCUGUCCACCGAAGGCUCCCAGAACAUCACCUACCACUGCAAGAACAGCAUUGCCUACAUGGACGAGGUUUCCGGCAACCUGAAGAAAGCCAUCCUGAUACAGGGAUCCAAUGACGUGGAGAUCAGAGCCGAGGGCAAUAGCAGAUUCACAUACAGUGCCUUGGUGGAUGGCUGCACGAAACACACUGGCAAAUGGGGCAAGACAGUCAUUGAAUACCGAUCACAGAAGACCUCGCGCCUGCCCAUCAUCGAUGUUGCACCUAUGGACAUUGGUGGAGCCGAUCAGGAGUUUGGCGUUGACAUUGGGCCAGUCUGCUUUUUGUAA